AAUAUUGCUCUCCCAACAAUGUUCGUGGAGCAAAAUUAGUCUCACUACAAGAAUGGUGAAUUCCUCGCUGCUCUCUGAAUCUUCAACUCCAUGGAAGCUCAAACCGCCUCGAAACUCCCAAACCCUCCGAAACCCUGCAACCUCAUCACAGAGCUACGGGGGUUAUUCGCCAUCGCCGCCUGCGUAAAGCUGCUUCUAAUCCUAGCCUACAAAAGCACAGACUAUGAGGUCCACCGCCACUGGCUAGCUACAACCCACCUCUGCCUCUUUCCCAUUGGUACUCCGACGAGAUGAGCAUUUGGACAGACCCUCGACUGCCCGCCAUUCUUCACCUACAUCGAGCUCUUCCUUUCUGUUUUCGCCAAUCUCAUCGACCGACAAAUCAGUCACCUCCAAAAGGGCUUGAACUCCAGCGCAAACACAGUUCUCUACUUCCAAAGAAUCUCGGGUAUCUUAUCGGAUCGUUUGCAUAUCCAGUACAAUGGGUUUUUGCUUGGGAUUUUGUUGAUUUCGCUUUCGUGUUUGGAGGAAGGGAGGGACUUGAUGGGUGGGCUUGUUUUUGCUGUGUUGUUGUGCUAAGCAUUUGUUUGCGGUCGCGGCCUGUUUAUUUUGUUUACUUGUUGAGGCAUUAUUGUUGGAAAGGAUUGGUGAAGGGUUUCUGGCGGCUUUCGGUUUUGGGGACUGUUGUUGUGGCUGUUUAUACAUUAGCAUAUGGGCCGUUUGUGUAUCAUGGGCAGGUGGACAUGGUAAUAAUCCCAGCAAGCACUGGGCAUAUGGGUGUUCUUCUUGGACAUGUAGCAACAAUUGCCGAGUUGAAACCCGGGGUCAUGUCGGUACAUGAAGGAACUGACGUCACAGAACAUUUCUUCAGCGGUGGUUUUGCAUUCAUCCACGCCAACUCUAUUGCAGAAAUAAUUUCUGUAGAGUCUGUCCCUCUUGAUCAUGCCGAUGCAAGUCUUGUCCAAAAGGGGCUUGCAGAGUUCACCCACAAGCUCAACUCAGCGUCGACUGACUUUUAGAAAGCUGAAGCCCAGAUUGGAGUUGAUGUGUAUUGUGCCCUCAACUCUGCUCUCACUGGCUAGUUUUACUAGUCUUUGUGGGAUUGUGGACCAUUUGCAUUUCCAGUACAAUGGAUUUUUGCUUGGGAUUUUAUUGAUUUCGUUUUCGUGUUUGGAGGGAGGGAGGGAGGAACUUGAUGGAUGGGCUUGUUAGCAUUUGUUUGCGGUCAUGGCACCAGUUUUUUUGGUUACUUGUUGAGGCAUUAUUGUUGGAAAGGAUUGGUGAGGCGUUUCUGGCAGCUUUCGAUUUUGGGGACUGUUGUUGUGGCUGUUUUUGCAUUGGCAUAUGGCUCGUUUGUCUAUCAUGGGCAGGUAAUCUCUCAGGCUCUGCCUUUUUGUUUUUGAAAUGAUUAUUUGCAAUCUUCAUAUUAGUCUAAUCUGCUGCUAUGAAGCAAUCUCAGAGCAUAGUAACAUUUGCAUAUGACUUGUCACUCAAACAAAGUAUAGCUUUGGAUUUGAUUUCCAUCAAAAAUGGGAUUUGAGGAGAGCUGAAAAUAUGUUAAAUACUUUGCAAACAAUUAGUAAGAGACUUCUAGUUGUGCCAUCUCUUUGUAUUGUGUUUUGUAUAUCUUAAUAUUGGAAUCAGGUCCAUCUGGAAUCAUAUCUUUGUUAACUCGAUUAUAUUGCAUUAGCGUAAUAAAGACUUUGAGCUUCCUAACAAA